AUGAAGCUCGGAAGCAUCAUUGCAGUUCUGCUAAUGCUGGUACUCGUCUCCGGUGAGGUUUCGACUAAAUCUUCACAGGCUCCGGCACCAGAACUACCCCUCGAAGCUGCAGAUUCGCCUCCAAUCCCCGCGCCUAUGCAGGAAGUUGGAUCUCCUCUAGCCGAGUAUCCCAAUGAAUACUCCUCUCCUCCGGAAGUUGGAUCUCCUCUAGCAGAGUAUCCGAAUAAAUACUAUUAUCCUCCAUCAGAUUCAACUCCAUCGCCGGAAGCUGGGGAUUCAAACUACAUCGACAUUACUGGAGUCGAAGAGAAAAAAACCCUGGGACGCAAAGGAUAUUGGGCUUAUUAG